AUGGAAGGUGCAGCAAGAUGGACUCGUGAGCAAGACAAGUUAUUUGAAACGGGAUUAGUAAUAUAUACAGAAGGAACACCAGAUAGAUUUUCUAGAAUUGCUGAAAGAGUUCCUGGUAAGAGUGUAUCGGAAGUUCAUCAACAUUAUCAACUUUUGGUUCGUGACAUGUUGGAAAUUGAAGCUGGUCAUGUUGAGUUACCAAACUAUCUCGAUGAUUUUGUUUUGUCGUCAACGAAUCAGAGUGGAACAACGACUUCAACUUCAAAAGCAAAGGAGAGAAAAAUAGGGAUUCCCUGGACAGCACAAGAGCACAGGGAUUUUCUGUUGGGACUUACGGAACGAGGUCGAGGCGACUGGAGGGGUAUAUCGAGGGAUUUUGUGAAGUCCAGAACUCCAGGUCAAGUGGCUAGCCAUGCUCAAAAGUAUUUUAUACAUAUAAAUACUAAACCGAAUAAGAAAGUGAGAAAAAGAUCAAGCAUCCACGACACUCCUUUAUAG